UCCAGAACUUUCUCCAUACCAGACGGUUCCUUUGGUAUUUUCUCAAACGGGAUCCUAUAAAGGGUGAGAUUGACACUGCAGCCGGUAGAAGAUUCUAGCGCGUGGAAGAAGAGUGUGGCAUGUGCCAAAUUGAUGUUUGGGUGUUUUGAUAGACCAGGUAUCAAAAACAUUGUCAAGUCAUAAAUAUCGCUGCCGUCUCGCCAUUUAUAUCUUUUGUUUAGCUUUCCCAUCUACUUUUUAGGAAUCAGGAUUUUUGACAACUCUUGGAUCUGGAAUACAGGUAAGUUUUGAAUCAUUUUUGCUUUUACAUCCCUUCAUUCAUCCUCGUCAAAAUUGUAUUUAGUCUGGUCAAGAUCUGGUGGUUAGUAGACACUAAAUUAUCAUUGUAGUUCUCAUAUCUAAAAAGGUAUCGAGAGGAUUGGUGCUGUUCAUAUUCUGAAAAUAUCAAGCAAAGUUCAUAGACAAUCGCAAUCAUGAGAAUCGCUUGCUUACAAUUCGCCCCUCAAGUAAGGGUCCAUAGUCACAACAUGCGCAAACAAGCUAAUACCCUAUCAAAGGUCGGAGAUGUCGACAAUAACUUCAAAAAGGCAGAUGCGAUACUCAAUAAAGCAAAUCCAAAAGAUAUCGAUCUAUUAGUCCUACCUGAGAUGGCAUUUUCUGGUGAAUUCCACGUCCUAGAUAUCCUAAUGACAGUUCCUUUUCAGCUUCAUCCUAACGAUUGUACAGGCUAUAAUUUUUCCUCUCUAGGGCAUAUUACUCCCUACCUUGAGCCAACUACUUCCGGUGUCACAUCGUUAUGGGCGCAUACGAUAGCUCUCAAGCACAACUGUAUAGUUACAGUUGGUUAUCCAGAAAAGGUUGAUAACUUGUCCAGAAUUUCAGCGAGACCUGAGUACUACAAUUCUGCCGUUACAGUGAACAAGGAUGGAAAGCCUAUUGUCAACUACCGGAAAUCAUUCCUUUACUAUACCGAUGAGACUUGGGCUCAUGAAGGAUCCGGUUUCUUUAGCGGAGAGAUUGAUGGACUAGGGAAUGUUGCCAUGGGAAUCUGUAAGUGGCUAGCACAUCCUUGAAGAAUUGCCAAUUAUUCUAUGAUGAGCAUAAUAAUACCAUCAAAAAUUACUGACACCAUGUAUCAUAGGCAUGGAUUUAAAUCCAUACAAAUUCGAAGCUCCAUGGAGUACCUGUGAAUUUGCCUGUCAUGUACUUGAGAAGAAAGCAAACCUUGUCAUUGUGUCAAUGGCUUGGCUUACAAGAGAAGACCAAAUGACCUUUGGUCUAUUAGCAAAAAAACCUGAUAUGGAAACAAUUUCGUAUUGGAUCACCCGAUUGGAACCUAUUAUUCGAGCCGAAACCAAUGAAGAAGUCAUCAUCGUUCUUGCGAAUCGAUGCGGAACUGAGGGUGAAGCAACAUAUGCAGGGACAAGCGCAGUUCUAGGUAUCAAAGAUGGCGACAUCAGUGUAUAUGGUAUUCUUGGGCGGGGCGAGGAAGAGCUUUUGGUUGUUGAUACCGAUGAAAUUCCUAGGGCCAAAAUUGUUUCACCGCCGAGGUCAACUGAAUCUACUUGAGGUUUUGCCAAUGAUUAACUGAAAUUCCAUCAGUAAAUGCGAGAAGUAGGGUUAGUGGAACGUUUGUUGGUAUCUAUCAGAGAAAUCAAGUGCGACGGCAACUACAUCCAUCAUUAGUUCAAUAAAAACGGAUUCUCUGCCUCGGACCAAUUUUAUCCCUCAAUUUCCGCUGUUAAUUUGUUCCGCUCUGAAUUUAAUGCAUCAUAAUCACGGAGGGACAGGAAAUUUCAAGCUCUCAAAUUCAGUAAGUGUCUUACAUUAUUCUGUGUCUCUUCCAGGUUUCGGAAUUUAAUUCGCCGUGGCACCUCAAAAGUUAGGGCGCCGUCCACCUGCAUCAGUUCUCUAAGCAGGUCGUUGUUCCACUGACUUUUCGAUAUAAUAGGAAUUCUAUAUUUGGAACUGUGCGUUCCAGUCCGUGAAGGGAUCUCUCGGUCCGGGCACAAACAAAAACCCGUAACACCAAACCGGCCAAUCAGUCGGCCCCAUGUCACUAUCGGUCCUCUGGCCGAGGUGAAAAGAAAUUCUACCUUUAAGUGUGGUACUAAAUCUUUCCGGCUGUGAUAUAUUCAGAAAGAUAUUCGGCUUCCUAUUAAAUGCUCUUCAUUCUGUGUUUCCAAAAUUAAUUUACGUUUGAUCGGACAAAACUAACAAACUUCAAAAGUUACACAGCACUCGGAAGACACCCGCCCAAUAAUCCAACAACUCGGUACGAUCACACCCACACAACCCGGGUCACAAUCUCCAUCCAUUCAAUCGCCAUUCAAUCCCAUCCAAUCCCCUUCUUUCCACCCCUCCAAAAAUCUGACGCCCAUCUCCAUAUCCACAAAUCAGCUCAGGCCUCGGAACCCAUAUCAUAUCACUCGGUACAUUUCAAAUAUAUUUAUUUUCUUCACCCCCAUGUAAUACCGAAAAACGUUCGGAACUCGGUAUAUGGAACGCCCAAAUCUCGGGGGCGGCGUGGGGGAUAUAAUGAGCCAAUGUUGGUCAGCUCGGAGUCGGGUUUCGGUACGAUGUGCAACAAAUUUUUGGAAGGAGAUUGUGAGAUGUGAUGGAUUGGUUGCUUUGGGUUUCGGGUGUGCGAGAUGCGACUGCUUUGGGAUGGGAAAUUGCUGGUUGAGGGGAUCUGUGUAGGGGUUGGAGAUGGUGAGUCGGGUG